AUGGGUCAGAGAGUGUUGACUGGAAUGUGGAAACCUGGAUCUAUAGCAGACUUGCUUUCAAGUGUCCCAUUUAGUCCAAUGCCAGAAUCAUAUAAAUCAUACAAGAAACUUAGAAGUGAGAUAAUUUCCUACUGGGAUUACAUAUAUGAAGAGUAUGAGGUGGUGACUCAAGAUGGCUACAUACUUCCAGUUUACAGAAUUCCACGGGGGAAGAAUGAGUCCAGUAAUUUAGUUCUGAAGCCAGUCGUAUACUUGCAACAUGGGUGGACUCUCUCUGCUUCCAUUUGGCUUGUCAACCCUCCCAGGAGCAGCCUGGGCUUUUUGCUGGCAGAUGCUGGUUUUGAUGUGUGGCUGGGGAAUAGCAGAGGUAAUACUUAUGCCAGAAAACAUGUGCACCUAGAUCCAGAUUCUAAGGAAUUCUGGGCUUUUAGUUAUGACGAACACAUAAAAUAUGAUCUUCCGGCCACCAUUGACUUCGUUGUGAAUAAAACAGGACAGAAACAAAUUUACUAUGUGGGUCAUUCCCAGGGCACCCUUCUCGCCUUUGGAGCAUUUGCAACAAAUCCACAAUUGGCUCAGAAGAUUAAAAAAAAUUUUUUACUCGGUCCUGUUGCAACUGUUAAAUACAUAUCAGGACUCGUCCGCACGAUUGCAUACAUGGGAAAAACUACGGCCAAGAUCCUCUUUGGUGAAAAAGACAUAUUCUCCAGCUCAGAUGCUAAAUAUUUCGUGGAGUUUUUGUGUCAGAGAAAGACAAUUGGAUCAGCUUGUAAUAAUUUACUUACUUUGCUAUUCGGAUAUAAUCCCAAAAAUUUAAAUGAGAGUCGUUUUGAUGUGUAUGCAGGACAGGCUCCUGCAGGAACCUCAGUUCAGACCAUGCUUCAUUAUUCACAGGGAAUCAGAUCAGGGAUAUUCCAAGCUUAUGACUGGGGAAGUCAAUUUCUGAAUAUGCUGCACUACAGUCAGCCCACACCUCCACUAUAUAAGGUAGAGGACAUGAAGGUGCCAACUGCCAUGUGGAGUGGUGGUCGAGAUUUUCUGGCAGAUCCAAUUGAUGUUAAAAAAUUGGAACCCAACAUCUCCAAUCUCUUUUAUCAUAAGAAGAUUGCUGACUACAGUCAUUUGGAUUUUGUGAUAGGUUUAGAUGCUCCCCAAAAAGUAUUCAAUGAAAUUGUUACAUUCAUCAAGGAAGAUAAAUAAUAAAGGCUGAACUUUAUUUCACUUUCUAUCUAUUUUUCUGCUUCUUUUGAGGGUCUGCUGCUUUCCACAGUGUGAAGAAUUGUUUUCUCUUAG